AAGCGAUGGUGUUAUUAAUAGCGUUGAUACUUUAGCGAAUAUUACCACAUUAACAACAACAAAAAUAACAACAAGAACAACAACAAAAACAACAACAACAACAACAACAAUACCUAUGCAAACACGUAUUUUUUUAAAUUCACAAGCACAACCCGGUUUCAAUGAUUUUAGCGGCAAUGUCGGCGUUAGUAGUGGCAGCAUUAACCCGACUAAUAUUAUCAUAGGUGGCAAUAAUUUAACGGGUGCGUCUAGUAGUGCCGCAAUUAACAUUGGCAGUGGUAGCGGUGGUGGUGGUGUUGGUGGUGGUGGUGGUGGUGGGAUCGCUGUCGGACCUAAACGUCAAGGCAGUUUUUCCAAUGUGUUUGCCAAGUUAAUUGAUGGUAUGCCUGCCGGUACAAUGUUUUCCAAAUUUAAAAGCGCCAAUAUACCAUCUGCCGCACCAAAUGUAGCUGACACCAAUCCCAUUAAGCAGUACUUUGAUAUUGGUAAACAAAUUGCUUGCGCCGGCCCAGAAUUAGUAUGGAAGAUACACGAAGCUUUUCGAAAAAGUGAUGGUAAGGAAUGUUCGAUUUUUAUAUUUGAGAAAAGGAUUGCGGAAAAGUUGCAUAAGCCACGACGUAAAGAAACUGUAACGGAACUGUUAAAAACAUCGGUUAAAACCUUAGAAAGAUUUCGUCAUCCUAAGAUUUUACAAAUACUACACACUGUCGAAGAGUCCGCUGAAACUUUGGCCUUCGCGGCGGAACCAAUUUAUGCAAGUCUUGCUAAUAUUUUGGCCUUUCAUGAAUCAAAAACUUACGAAAAUGUCGUACCUCCUCCUACUACUUCUGGUAAUUCUCCUCUAAAUCAAAAUUCAGUACCAAUGCCGCAUAAGCCCAGUCACGCUAAGAACUAUCAAUUUUUAGAUAUUGAAUUGAAAUAUGGAUUUUUACAGUUAGUAGAGGCACUAUCCUAUUUACAUUAUUCUGGACAUGUAAUACAUCGUAACGUUUGCCCUUCAUCGAUACUGGUGACAAAGCGUGGUACCUGGAAAUUGAGUGGAUUAGAAUUUAUAGAAAGAAUGAAUGAGACUGAUUUAAAUGAUUCGAUACCAUGCCAACCAUGGAGCAACCGUUUGUCAAAAAUGGCUCAACCAAAUUUAAAUUUCAUUGCACCUGAGACACAACUGAAUUCCAAAUGCAGUUUGCUUAGUGACAUGUUUUCAUUGGGCUUGGUGAUAUGCGCUGUCUUUAACAGAGGACGUCCUCUUAUUCAAGCAGCUAACACCACUUCCAACUACAUUAAACAAUUAGAGAUGUUAGAGGAGAAUGUUCAAAAGAUGCUACCUAGAGUACCUGUACCACUGCAAGAGGCUACCUCACGCUUAGUGAACAAAGAACCGACGGCAAGACCUACAGCACAAUUGUUGCAAUUAAUUAAAUAUUUCAUUGAUCCAGCAGUGAAUGCUUUAAAAUUUUUAGAUGUGGUUAACAUGAAAGACACUUCACAAAAAUCUCAUUUCUAUAAAGUCACGUUAAUGGAGACUAUGCCACUAAUACCCAGGAAAUUGUGGUGGCAAAAUGUCUGGCCGAUGUUGCAGGCGGAAAUUAACAAUGGUGAAGUGCUUGCGGCAGUUUUACAACCCGUUAUUACUUUACUACAGGAAGCCACUCAUACUGAAUACGAGACUAUAAUGGCGCCGACAAUGAAAGUCAUAUUAAGCUCACCGAAAUCUAUACAGGCAACUGUGACUCUUUUGGAAAAUUUACAUUUAAUUAUUGAGAAAACACAACGAGAAGACGUUAAUGCCGAUAUAAUGCCAAUGUUGUUUGCAUCAUUUGAUAGCUCUACUAUACAAGUUCAGAAUGCAGCAGUUGUGGCGAUAACCAACGUCUACGAUAAAAUAGAUGAAUUAUCGAUUAGACGCAUGGUAUUACCUAAAGUGAAAUCGGUGUUUGAAAGAAAUCUAACCGAUCCAAAGAUUGUGCAAAAUGUACUCGUUUGCAUUGAACGAACAAUGGAUAAAUUUGAAAAACCGCAGGUAACGGAUGAACUUUUAGUGAUACUUGGUGACGUUCAUAUACCGGAACCUGAUAUUAUUAUGCGUACAGUGCGUAUCUAUAAUAAAUUGUUCACGGAUAAAGUCUAUGGUGUAACUGUGGAGGCCGUAGCUAUUAACAUUUUGCCAUUGUUGUUGCCGCACACUGUAAAUCCAAACUUAAAUUACGAACAAUACUGUCAAUUGAUCGAGAUUAUACACAAUCUACUCGAGCAUAUCGACCGUCAUCAACGCAAUCGCUUGAAAUUAGAUAAUCUCUCAAUACCCUCACCAGAACGCCAUCGUUCUUUAAGGCAUCAAUUUUCAACAGAUAACAUGAACGCUAUACCGCCAUUUAACAUACCGAAUUUACGCAUUGAUCAGCGUAAAACAUCGAGUGCAGAAGACAUGGCCAGAAAGAAUUCGGGAGGUUCUGGUAUGUUAGGUGGAUGGUGGUUUGGAGGUCCAGCGUCUCCUGAUAGUAAUUUUUUGCGCGUGGCCAAUGCAUUUCCCAAUCGACGGUUAUCGGACAAUACUUUGAUGACACCAAAAAUACGCAUUGCACCAUCGUGUGCCUCAUCACCAGGUGGCACGCCUGGCAGUGGUUUACCUACACGUCGUCACUCCAGCAUUGGGCCACAAGAAAGACGCGGCUCAACAAUCAAUUUAUCACCACCCACUCACUGCGUUUUCCCUGUACGUGGUGGGUCAGGAUCAAGUCUUUCAGUUCCCUCUACAUCUUCUUAUGUUAAAUCUCAUUUAUUAUCCUCUACACAACAGGGCGGAUCAAUGCCAAAUACUUCAAGCAGCGUGCCAUUUUUGCUAUCAUCCAGUAUGCAAUCGAUACGUUCACGACGACCAUCAACGGUAUUAUCAACUGGACCAUUGGGCUCGGGUACAGGAUUAUGGCAACAGUUGGGAAGCGGAAUGGUAAGACAAAUAACAUCUGUAUCGGGUACAGCUACUCCUGUACCAUUACUAAAUAUAAAUGGGCAACGCCAAAGUGUCCGCAAGUGUCCGUCACUCAAUAUAACGUUUACACGAUAAUAACAAAUAUUAAAGUAAAUUCAAAAUGACAAAGUAAA